GUGUGCUGUGUGGUCUCCUUAGAUCCUGUCGCUAGAGAGUCGGAAAGAGUUGCUGGUCCUGAAGCUGGAAGAAGCAGAGAAGGAGGCAGAGCUGCGCCUUACUUACCUCAAGUCAACUCCCCCAACACUAGAGACAGUUCGUUCCAAACAGGAGUGGGAGACAAGGCUGAAUGGAGUUCGGAUAAUGAAAAAGAAUGUUCGGGACCAGUUUAAUAGUCACAUCCAGUCAGUGAGGAAUGGAGCCAAGCUGAGCAGCCUUCCUCAGAUCCCCACUCCUACUCUGCCUCCACCCCCGUCAGAGACAGACUUCCUGCUCCAGGUGUUUCAGCCCAGCCCCUCUCUGGCUCCUCGGAUGCCCUUCUCCAUUGGGCAGGUCACAGUGCCCAUGGUUAUGCCCAGUGCAGACCCCCGCUCCUUGUCUUUCCCAGGCCUGAACCCUGCCCUGUCCCAGCCCAACCAGCCUUCCCCACCCCUUCCUGGCUCCCAUGGGAGAAGUAGCCCUGGCUUGGGUCCCCUUGUUGGCCCCCACGGUCCACACAUGCCCCCUGCCGCCUCCAUCCCGCCUCCCCCAGGCUUGGGCGGUGUUAAGUCUUCUACUGAAAGUCCCAGGCCCCAACCAGUAGACAAACUGGAGAAGAUCUUGGAGAAGCUGUUGACUCGGUUCCCACAAUGCAAUAAGGCCCAGAUGACCAACAUUCUUCAGCAAAUAAAGACGGCACGGACCACCAUGGCAGGUCUGACCAUGGAGGAACUGAUCCAGUUGGUAGCCGCCCGGCUGGCGGAACAUGAGCGGGUGGCAGCUGGUGCCCAGUGUUUCUGCCCACAGCCACUUGGUCGGAUCCGGGCCUUGUUCCCUGCUCCACUGACCCAAAUCAGUACCCCAAUGUUCUUGCCUUCUGCCCAAGUUUCAUAUCCUGGAAGGUCUUCGCAUGCUCCAGCCGCCUGUAAGCUGUGUCUAAUGUGCCAGAAGCUGGUCCAGCCCAGUGAGCUGCAUCCAAUGGCCUGUACCCAUGUGUUGCACAAGGAGUGUAUCAAAUUCUGGGCCCAGACCAACACAAAUGACACUUGUCCCUUUUGUCCAACUCUUAAAUGAUGGAUCUGACUGGGGAGGAAGAAGAGGAGAAACUGAUGUGAACAGGAAGCGCGGGUUCAAGAUUUCUAAAACUCUAUAUUUAUACAGUGACCUAUACUCAUGCCAUGUACAUUUUUAUUAUAUAGGUAAUGUGUGUAUAGAAAGUCUGUAUUCAAAUGUUCGUAAAUGAGAGUAUGUAUAUUAUGCAGAAAUGGUCUGUCCCCCUCACCUUGAAACUCCUUGGGGGGAUGCAGGUUGUAGGUAAGAUGAUGUUUAGUUUGCCCUUGAAAUUAUGAUAUUCUUGCCUAGGGUUGUUUUCAGAUACAGUACAAAACCAUCUAGUAAGCUGCUGUUGCUCUCAGGCCAUCCUGCUUUGAUUUGGCUCAGCCUCUAGCCCGUUUUCUUAAGGCUUAUUUAUGCAGAUUUGAACCCUGGUGCUCACCUGCUGUCCAGCCAGAUGCCUUGCUUAUGGAAAGCCUCCGGAAGCCUCCAUGUUGUUCUAGCCACUCUGCUCCGCAUGGACACAAUGGGACUGAUUGAGGGGGAAAAAAUGUAACCCUAAUGGUUUGACUUUUCAUUGACUAUU